AGUCCUCGGGACGCCCCACCCCUUCCCUGCCUCUAAUAUCACAUCCCAGUGUUUUGGUCAGGAUUUGGUGAUCCAGCUCUGGAGCUGUGUGUCGGGCUGGUGCCACGCGUAACGCUCGGUUCACGUCCAUUCCAGGGACAUCCAGCCUACGGAUCUUAUUUAUUACAAUCCGACUCUAUCUGUGAAUGAAGAAUGUGUUUUAGCUUGGAGUGAUUCCUCGUCAUGACCUCCCCGGGCCGUCCCUCCAGCUGAAUGGGAUCCCUGAUCGCUCGUUUUUGGCACCGACUGUCUCUGCUGCUUCUUCUUCUUCUUCCUCUGCUCCAAAGCUGAAAGAUUCACGGAUCUGUGCGCCUUUUGGGGUUCUCUGAUCGGUUCUUGAAUCAGUUGAUGUGAUAUCUGCCUCUCUGAUCGGUUCAUGAAUCAGUUGAUGUGAUAUCUGCCUCUCUGAUCGGCAGGAGAAGGACGACGCCAAAUCUACUGUAGCCUGCGCGUCAGGGCCUCGGCCAUGGGGGGAUCCAAGAGUAAACCCAAGGAUGUAGGCCAGCGGACCCGCAGCCUGGAUGGCAACCUCAGCGCGGGGGGAGGGGCUGGUGGCCACCACCACAACUCCAAUCAACCGUCCCUAACACCCAAUCGCAGCCCGACCGUGGACGCAGGUCUGGGUGGAAAUCAGUCCAUGACGAAUACACCGGAGCUGGCGCUGUUUGGAGGCGUGGACAACAACAGUGUCACCUCUCCCAACAGAAUCACACUCUCAGGAGGUGUGACGACCUUCGUGGCGUUGUACGACUACGAGUCUAGAACAGCCUCCGAUCUGUCGUUCAGGAAGGGUGAACGCCUCCAGAUAGUCAACAACACAGAGGGGGACUGGUGGCUGGCGCGCUCCCUGACCACCGGAGAGAGCGGUUACAUCCCCAGCAAUUACGUGGCUCCAUCCGACUCCAUCCAGGCAGAAGAGUGGUACUUUGGGAAAAUCACCCGCCGUGACUCCGAGAGGCUGCUGCUAAGUUUGGAGAACAGGAGAGGGACUUUCCUGGUGCGAGAGAGUGAGACCACCAAAGGUGCCUACUGUCUGUCUGUGCUGGACUACGACAACACCAAAGGGCUGAAUGUGAAGCACUACAAGAUCAGGAAGCUGGACAGCGGAGGGUUUUACAUCACAUCGCGCACACAGUUCAGCAGCCUGCAGCAGCUCGUCAACCACUAUCGCAAGCACGCAGAUGGCCUCUGUCACAGUCUAUCAGACAUCUGUCCCGUACUGAAGCCUCAGACUCAGGGCUUAGCCAAGGAUGCCUGGGAGAUCCCGAGAGAGUCCCUCCGUCUGGACCUCAAACUUGGACAGGGCUGCUUUGGAGAGGUCUGGAUGGGAACAUGGAACGGUACAACACGAGUGGCGAUAAAGACCCUGAAGCCCGGCACCAUGUCCCCUGAAGCCUUCCUCCAGGAGGCUCAGGUCAUGAAGAAACUCAGACACGAGAAGCUGGUUCAGCUUUACGCUGUGGUGUCCGAGGAGCCGAUCUACAUCGUCACAGAGUACAUGGGACAAGGUAGCUUGCUGGACUUCCUAAAAGGUGACAUGGGGAAGAUGCUCCGCCUCCCUCAGCUGGUGGACAUGGCCUCGCAGAUUGCUUCAGGGAUGGCGUACGUGGAGAGGAUGAACUACGUGCACAGAGACCUCAGGGCUGCUAACAUCCUGGUGGGAGAUAACCUGGUUUGCAAAGUGGCAGAUUUCGGUCUGGCUCGUCUCAUCGAGGAUAACGAGUACACCGCCAGACAAGGAGCCAAGUUUCCCAUCAAGUGGACGGCUCCUGAGGCCGCUCUGUACGGACGCUUCACUAUUAAAUCCGAUGUCUGGUCAUUCGGGGUCUUGCUGACUGAGCUGGCCACUAAAGGCCGAGUACCUUAUCCAGGUAUGGUAAACAGGGAAGUGUUGGACCAGGUGGAGCGUGGCUACAGGAUGCCGUGCCCAGCAGAGUGCCCUGAAUCCCUGCACGACCUGAUGCUGACCUGCUGGAGGAAAGAGCCCGAGGAGAGGCCCACCUUCGAGUACCUGCAGGGCUUCCUGGAGGAUUACUUCACCUCCACUGAGCCUCAGUACCAGCCCGGAGAGAACCUGUAACUCCGGCUCAACUGUGGAAAACAUGCAUGCGUCAAUGCAUGUGCAAAACUGAGCAUGUGCAUCUACUUGAGAGAGUGCAUGGACGAGUAUGUGUGUGAGGGUUUGUGUGUACAGUAUGACGGGGCAGAAAGCUGACUGCAUUCUGGGUACAAUCAAUAACUCUGUGACAUUUAGGAGUGUCAGCGGGACUUCAAACCAAUCAGUAACUCUCAAUUCCUGCCACUUUCCAAAGUCGUGCUCUCCUCUGAGGGACUUUAAAACGGAUCGAUGUGAUAUUAUUUUGAGUAUAUCAUCAAGUACUGUGCUAUUAUGUUUGUCAAAUCAACUCCCUGCACAUCCAGACAGGUUUUUCUACCUUCCUUGUGUUAAUCAGGCGCCCUAAUUAUAUACAUUCACCAUGCACUCCUCCUGUGCUUAUUCACCGUCCUGCAUCUUGUAGUCUGCCAGCUUCAGAGCUGCAAGAAAAAUGAGGCUGUGACAUAAAAGACGGUCAAACUUGUGAGUCCAGAAAGUAAAUGUUAGAGUUAUUUUCCCACUUCAGGAUGGCUUUUUUCUCCUCUGUGCUCUUUGGGAUACAUAAAUGCUCAGUCUGUCUUCCAUUUUUUGCCACUUGAGACUCUUUGGGACGUAAGAUAAUUUCCCAGGAUCAUCUUUUCUUUUGUUUUGUUCUGCAGUUAGACCUGGAUUAACUGGAUUAUGUGCAGUCAAACGUUUCCUUUUUAUAACCACGCUUUCCCUGUGCACCUUUAAGUCCGCCAUCCCGACUGCUGUGAGAUUUUUGUAUGAGACUAACAUCAGAGUGAGUCUUGAACACCCCAUUGGAUUAAUAGUUUUAUCGCUGUGACCAACAUACAGCUCGACACAAAGAAGAGGAGGCAGAGAGUCUGUCUCUCUAUUUUCUAAACGUGACUUUUCUUACAAACGAAAACGGCUACUGAUCACUACACGUCAUCUCAGGAUGGAGACGACUACUGCUGCAAGGACUUUAGUGCCAAUGAGAAUCUCUUUUGUACUCUCUUCUUCUACUGCUGUAAAAGUGUAUUUUAAUACUCUGAACUUUUCUUACAAAGAGUUUUGUAAGCAGAGGCUCUUCUUCUUCUUCUUCUUCUUCUUCUUCUUCUUCUUCUCAAAAAAGGAUCAUUUCACUGUUUUUUGAGAUCCUGCACCUGUGUACAGAACCAACCGGAUCACCAGCGAGGUUUCAAGAUGCUGAUUUGUUUUCAAGGAUUCAAAUUAAAAUCAGGUGAAUCUCCUUUUUUGUGUCCUUUUUAUUUCUUUAAAGAUUUUUAUUUUCAUUAGUUCAGGGCACAAUCUGUCAUCAGACACUGGAAAUAUUUCUGUUCUCACUGAAGAUCACAAAUGAUGGUUAUGGCUAUGCCUUCCUCAGACCAGUAGGGGGCAGACCAGAAAGCCUUCCCAUGAACCUGCAUGUGUGGAAAACUAAUUGGCAUCUUGAAACUUAAUUGUAAAUAAUCUCAAUGCUUAUAUUUUUGUGUAUAUAUCAUCUUUAUAAUUUAUUCCUUUAAAUUAACCCCAGUUGUUUAUUUUUCUUUCACCAUCAUCAUGCAAACUUUAACCUCUAUGGUACUUUAAUGGGUUAAAUAACAUCCAACGACAAUAAUAUAAAUAUAUAUAUUAGACAAUUUUUACAUUUUGUUUUCGUGCACGUAUUUCUGUGAAACUAUUCUUGGUUGUACAUUUUUCAAUUUGACUGACAGAGCUGCUCCGCAUCCUGUGACUCACAUAUUUUUGGAGCCAGUUUUAUGUCAUGCUAGAUUCUGAUCAUCCACCAGCGUCACUCCUCGCCAUAAAACAAUCACAACCACAAAUGUUUACAUCGGUUCACCUUCACAUCAUUUCAAUGCUGCUUCAGAGGCUGGAAAUGAGCAGGAAAUCAAUUAUCAUUCACCUGAUCACUAUGGUGUGUGUGUGUGUGAAUGUGUGUGCGUCAUCUUUGCCAUCAGCUUUGAUUUCAUAAAGCAUGACUGACUAUGAUUCAGUGACUCCAUUGCAGAGGAUGGUGUGAGUGCAAUGAAUGGAUUCUGUGGAUGCACUGCAAUGCAUGCACUGCACUGACCUGUGUGUGUGUAGUCACGCUGUUUGCAUCGUCCCCUCUCCUCCUGACCCCGUCUCACUGAGCGAAAAGAUGGAAAAAGUGCACGAAAAGGUCAAAGUGUGUGUGAGCAGCCCUGCUUGUAAAGCGGAGGAUGCUUCCUGUGGGGUUACUGUGGGUCUUCUCUCUGGCUAUGCAGAUAUUUUUUAAAAAUCUGUGAUAUUCAUACAGCAUAUAUUCUCUUUUCUACUGUAUUCAAUGGGAGUUUUCAUAUAAACUGCUCUUUGUAAAAUCCUACUGAAUAUUGUUCAAAUUUGAAAGUACAUUUGAAUAAAAUUUGUAUAUUGCCA